AUGGCUGACAGGAGUUGCCACUGCGCUGAGCAUGAAAGAAUUCAUACCGGAGACAAACCUUACAAGUGUAGAUUCUGUGACAAAGCUUAUAAAGACAAAACUUCUUGCAUAAAGCAUGAAAAAAUUCACACAGGAGAGAGACCUUACAAGUAUAGAUUCUGUGGCAAAACUUAUAAAGACAAAACUACUUGCAUAAAGCAUGAAAGAAUUCACACAGGAGAGAGACCUUACAAGUGUAGAUUCUGUGACAAAACUUUUACUCAAAAAGGCCAUUGCACUGAGCAUGAAAGAAUUCAUACUGGAGAGAGACCUAACAAGUGUAGAUUCUGUUACAAAACUUUUACAGACAAAUCAAAUUGCAUAUCUCAUGAGAGAAUUCACACAGGUGAGAAACCUUACAAGUGCAGAUUUUGUGACAAAACUUAUAAAGACAAAACUUCUUGCAUAAGGCAUGAAAGAAUUCACACAGGAGAGAAACCUUACAAGUGCAGAUUCUGUGACAAAACUUAUAAAGACAAAACUGCUUGCAUAAAGCAUGAAAGAAUUCACACAGGAGAGAAACCUUACAAGUGUAGAUUCUGUGACAAAACUUUUACUCGAAAAGUCAAUUGCACUGUGCACGAAAGAAUUCAUACUGGAGAGAAACCUUACAAGUGUAAAUUCUGUGACAAAACUUUUACAGCCAAAACAAAUUGCACAUCUCAUGAGAGAAUUCACACAGGAGAGAGACCUUACAAGUGUAGAUUCUGUGACAAAUUUUUUAUAGACAAAAAAUCUUGCAUAUGUCAUGAGAGAAUUCACACAGGAGAGAAACCCUACAAGUGCAGAUUCUGUGACAAAUUUUUUAAAGGCAAAAAUUCUUGCAUGUUUCAUGAGAGAAUUCACACAGGAGAGAAACCUUACAAGUGUAGAUUCUGUGACAAAACUUUUACUCAAAAUGGCCAUUGCACUGAGCAUGAAAGAAUUCAUACUGGAGAGAGACCUUACAAGUGCAGAUUCUGUGACAAAACUUUUAAAGACAAAACUUCUUGCAUAUAUCAUCAGAGAAUUCACACAGGAGAGAGACCUUACAAGUGUAGAUUCUGUGACAAAACUUUUACACAAAAAAAAUGUUGUAACUUUCAUGAAAAAAAUCACACUGGAGACAAACAUAUCUGUAAUUUUUUUUAGAAAACAUUCACUCCAAAAGGGAAUUGCACUUACGAUGAAAUAAUUUACACUGGAAACAAAACUUUUAAACAAGGUUUUUGCACUGUCCAUGAAACCAUUCAUACUGCAGAAAAGCACGAUGCAUGCAAGUUCUGUGACAAAGAGUUCAAACCAAAAUUAGCCUGCACUAGCCCUAAAAGAAUGCACACUUGUGAGAAACCAGACAAAUGUGGAGUAGAAUUCAGUCAAGGGAAUAAUUGCAGAACACAAGAAACAACGCACAACAAAAGAAAACAUCUAGUUCAGAUAAUAUAUAUGGAACUUUAGGCAAUGAAGGCGAGCCUAACAAUGCUCCAGAUUCAGAGGGGGAGACAGAUGAAAUCAAUAACGUGGAAAAUAAACUGACCAAUAAUAAUGUCAUAACCCAUCAUAUAUAUGAGGAAGAAGGAGCAGAAUACUAUCACAAAGAUGAUGACACUUUUACCACGGAGAAUGUCACCAUCAAUACUGACAAUGAUGUCUAUGAAAUACAUAAAAAGAACCACGCCAGGUGUCAUCACUACAAUUAUAAAAAAUCCUUUCCACAGCUCUCGAUGAUAUGUUCAGAUGACAGAAGCAGAAAACUAACUCUUACUUUAUAACUAUGCUAUUGUUGGACAUCUUAAGAACAAUCAACUUUUAUUUGUUUAGAGUUAAACAAUAAUUAUUACUUUUAUACUGUGUAGGUUCAGUAUUCAUCAGACCAUUUACUUCCAUGAUCAGAUACAUUAUCUAUGAUAGAUCAUCUUUUAAAGAAGAAUUGUACUUGAUAUUACGCUAGAAAAUCCCUGUCCUCUACCUUUAUUGUUGAAAACAGAUAGAGAAAUAGACAAGUGUUUCAUUUUCAAAGGACUUACAUUUAUAAGAUGAAAAGAAUUUACAUUAUUUGAUUUUUUAUGUAUGAAAUUUAUAUAUCCAAUGACUUAGAGACCGAAUAAAGAGUUGAAAAAGAAACAUCUUUUUCUUUAUUCAACAAAAUAUCAAACUCCAAAUGAAUAUUUGA